CCCCGGCAGUUGGUGCAGCGGCCGUUGGGCUGAGUGCGCUCACCCCACCCCUCCCCUCCGCGGGCCCGGGCCCCCCACCCCGCCGGGCGCAGCCCCAGCCCCAGCCCCAGCCCCAGCCCCCGCCGGGCCCGUCCCGUGCGGGCCCGUGCCCCCUCCUCAGCCGGCGACGCCCCGGGCCGCCCGCCCGCCCGCCACCAUGGAGCUGGAGGACGGUGUGGUGUACCAGGAGGAGCCCGGCGGCUCCGGGGCCGUGAUGUCGGAGCGGGUGUCCGGCCUGGCCGGCUCCAUCUACCGCGAGUUCGAGCGGCUCAUCGGGCGCUACGACGAGGAGGUGGUCAAGGAGCUGAUGCCACUGGUGGUGGCCGUGCUGGAGAACCUGGACUCGGUGUUCGCGCAGGACCAGGAGCACCAGGUGGAGCUGGAGCUGCUGCGGGACGACAACGAGCAGCUCAUCACCCAGUACGAGCGGGAGAAGGCGCUGCGCAAGCANUUAAAAACUAAAUUCAUUGAGUUUGAAGACUCUCAAGAACAGGAAAAAAAGGAUUUACAGACCCGAGUGGAAUCUUUAGAAUCUCAAACAAGACAACUUGAACUCAAAGCAAAAAACUAUGCUGACCAGAUUAGCAGACUUGAAGAAAGAGAAGCAGAACUGAAGAAGGAAUAUAAUGCAUUACAUCAGAGGCACACUGAGAUGAUCCAUAAUUAUAUGGAACACUUAGAAAGAACAAAACUUCAUCAGCUCUCAGGGAGUGAUCAACUAGAGUCCACAGCUCAUAGUAGAAUUAGAAAAGAACGUCCUAUAUCAUUAGGGAUUUUCCCAUUACCUGCUGGAGACGGAUUGCUUACACCAGAUACUCAGAAAGGCGGAGAGACCCCUGGAUCAGAGCAGUGGAAAUUUCAGGAAUUAAGUCAACCACGUUCUCAUACCAGCCUGAAGGAUGAACUUUCUGAUGUUAGCCAAGGAGGAUCUAAAGCUACCACUCCAGCAUCAACAGCUGCGUCAGAUGUGGCAAUAAUUCCUACUGAUACUCCCUUAAAGGAAGAUCAUGAAGGACUUGAGAAGGUUGCAGAUACACCAAAUAAGUCAGAGAUAAGCAAGCAUAUUGAAGUACAGGUAGCUCAAGAAACUAGAAAUGUAUCAACAGGCUCUGCUGAAAAUGAAGAGAAGUCAGAAGUUCAAGCAAUCAUUGAAUCCACUCCUGAGUUGGAUAUGGACAAAGAUCUCAGUGGAUAUAAAGGCUCAAGCACUCCUACCAAAGGCAUAGAGAACAAAGCUUUUGAUCGCAAUACAGAAUCUCUCUUUGAAGAACUGUCUUCAGCUGGCUCAGGCCUAAUUGGAGAUGUGGAUGAAGGAGCGGAUUUACUAGGAAUGGGUCGUGAAGUCGAGAAUCUUAUAUUAGAAAAUACACAACUGUUGGAAACCAAAAACGCUUUGAAUGUAGUGAAGAAUGAUUUGAUAGCAAAGGUGGACGAGCUGACCUGUGAGAAAGAUGUGCUGCAAGGGGAGCUGGAGGCAGUGAAACAGGCCAAACUGAAGCUGGAGGAAAAGAACAAGGAGCUGGAGGAAGAGCUUAGGAAAGCUCGCGCAGAAGCUGAAGACGCACGGCAAAAAGCAAAAGAUGAUGACGACAGUGAUAUCCCCACCGCCCAGAGGAAGCGCUUCACUAGAGUAGAGAUGGCGCGUGUUCUAAUGGAGAGAAACCAGUAUAAAGAGAGAUUGAUGGAGCUUCAGGAAGCUGUUCGAUGGACAGAGAUGAUUCGUGCAUCAAGAGAAAAUCCAGCCAUGCAGGAAAAAAAAAGGUCAAGCAUUUGGCAGUUUUUCAGCCGACUUUUUAGCUCCUCAAGUAAUACUGCUAAGAAGCCUGAACCACCUGUUAAUUUGAAGUACAAUGCACCCACCUCUCACGUGACUCCUUCUGUCAAGAAAAGAAGCAGCACCUUAUCUCAGCUCCCUGGGGAUAAGUCCAAAGCCUUUGAUUUCCUUAGUGAAGAAACUGAAGCUAGUUUAGCCUCACGCAGAGAACAGAAGAGAGAACAGUACCGUCAGGUGAAGGCCCACGUUCAGAAGGAAGAUGGUAGAGUGCAGGCUUUUGGCUGGAGUCUGCCUCAAAAGUACAAACAGGUAACCAAUGGCCAAGGGGAAAAUAAGAUGAAAAAUCUUCCUGUGCCUGUCUAUCUCAGACCUCUAGAUGAAAAAGAUACAUCAAUGAAGCUGUGGUGUGCUGUUGGAGUCAAUUUAUCAGGUGGGAAGACCAGAGAUGGUGGCUCUGUUGUUGGAGCAAGUGUAUUUUACAAGGAUGUUGCUGGUUUGGAUACAGAAGGCAGUAAACAGCGAAGUGCAUCACAGAGCAGUUUAGACAAGUUAGACCAGGAACUUAAGGAACAGCAGAAGGAGUUAAAAAAUCAAGAAGAAUUAUCCAGUCUAGUCUGGAUCUGUACCAGCACUCAUUCAGCUACAAAAGUAAUCAUUAUUGAUGCUAUUCAACCAGGCAACAUCCUAGACAGUUUCACUGUGUGCAACUCUCAUGUUCUCUGCAUAGCCAGCGUCCCAGGAGCAAGAGAAACAGACUACCCUGCAGGGGAAGAGCUUUCAGAGUCUGGACAGGUGGACAAAGCAUCCCUGUGUGGCAGCGUGACCAGCAACAGCUCGGCAGAGACAGACAGCCUGCUGGGGGGCAUCACUGUGGUUGGCUGUUCUACAGAAGGGGUGACAGCGGCCGCCACUUCCCCAAGUACCAACGGUGCUUCUCCCGUGACGGAGAGGCCAGCAGAAAAGGAAGCAGAAAAUAGUGAGGUUGAUGAAAAUGUUCCAACAGCAGAAGAAGCCACCGAGGCCACAGAAGGCAACGCAGGGUCAGCCGAAGACACCGCGGACACCUCCCAGCCCGGCGUCUACACAGAGCACGUCUUCACGGACCCUCUGGGGGUUCAAAUCCCAGAGGACCUCUCACCUGUGUAUCAGUCAAGUAACGACUCAGAUGCGUAUAAAGAUCAAAUAUCAGUAUUGCCAAAUGAACAAGAUCUGGUGAGAGAAGAAGCCCAGAAAAUGAGUAGCCUUCUGCCGACUAUGUGGCUUGGAGCUCAGAAUGGCUGUCUGUAUGUGCACUCCUCGGUAGCCCAGUGGAGAGGAUGCCUCCAUUCCAUUAAACUUAAAGAUUCAAUUCUCAGUAUUGUACAUGUGAAAGGGAUUGUAUUAGUGGCCCUGGCUGACGGCACCCUCGCGAUCUUUCACAGAGGAGCUGAUGGACAGUGGGAUUUGUCAAACUAUCACCUGUUGGACCUUGGACGGCCUCACCAUUCUAUUCGGUGCAUGACUGUGGUACAUGACAAAGUCUGGUGUGGCUAUAGGAACAAAAUCUAUGUGGUUCAGCCAAAGGCUAUGAAAAUAGAGAAAUCGUUUGACGCGCACCCCAGGAAGGAGAGCCAGGUGCGGCAGCUUGCGUGGGUGGGGGACGGAGUGUGGGUCUCCAUUCGCUUGGAUUCCACGCUCCGUCUCUAUCAUGCACACACUUAUCAACACCUUCAGGAUGUGGACAUUGAGCCUUAUGUAAGCAAAAUGUUAGGUACUGGAAAACUGGGCUUCUCUUUUGUGAGGAUCACAGCUCUUAUGGUGUCUUGCAAUCGUUUGUGGGUGGGGACAGGAAAUGGUGUCAUUAUCUCCAUCCCGUUGACAGAAACAAAUAAAACCUCAGGAGCACCAGGCAAUCGUCCUGGAAGCGUAAUCCGCGUGUAUGGCGAUGAAAACAGCGAUAAAGUGACUCCAGGGACGUUUAUACCCUACUGUUCAAUGGCACACGCCCAGCUUUGCUUCCACGGGCACCGGGAUGCGGUAAAAUUCUUUGUGGCAGUCCCAGGUCAAGUCGUCAGCCCACAAAGUGGCAGUAGUGGCACAGAUCUAACAGGUGACAAAGCAGGGCCAUCUGCACAGGAGCCUGGCAGCCAGACGCCCUUGAAGUCUAUGCUCGUCAUCAGUGGAGGCGAGGGCUACAUCGACUUCCGAAUGGGUGAUGAGGGCGGAGAAUCAGAACUGCUUGGAGAAGAUCUUCCACUUGAACCUUCUGUCGCCAAAGCAGAAAGGAGUCACCUGAUCGUGUGGCAAGUGCUGUGUGGCAGUGAGUGAGCCCACCGGAGGCCGGCCGGCGGGGACGGGGAGGCCGUCUCUUCUGCAUGGUUUAUUUUCCCUUUUCCCCUUAAUUUAAUGCUCUCCUUGUGAAAUCCGUUUCACCACAUGAUGUGUGAGCAUUUUUUUUUUCCUGUUAACUUUGUCUUACAAGACCUGUCCUACCCGUAACGAUACAGGAACUAGCUGUUUCACUGCACCAGUGUUCCGGGCGAUUUCAGUACGUUAUGAACAAAUCAAAGAAUGUUUACUCUCUGCAAACUGGUGAAUUCUAGGAAGCAAUCCAGAUGUGGCUCACUCUGCCACAGCUAACGUCACUCACUACAUUUGAUGGGGUCACUUUUGAGCUGUCGCUAAUAAUGGAGUUAAUGGGAACACUUGAUAUGUGGAACUGUACCGUUCAGUACAAUAACAGUCUUCCCCGGUGUAUUAUAAAAUUGACACAAACAAGUAUCAGGUGGAUUAUCAGGAGUUCUCUCAAUGUCCCAAGGGGCUGCAAGCCAACUGUAAAGUACUUUCACUUUCAAAUCUGACAAAUCUUGUUUAUAUAUGGUAUAUAAAACCUUGUUUUCAUCAGAUUUGGGGGGGUUUUCUAUUGAAGAAAUUAAGACUACACUAUUUAAAUAAAAAUAUCCUGUUUCUGACCUAUUAGAGCACUACAAUUUAUGAGGCCUGCUCUCUGGAUUUUGUAGUGAUUCCGAGACUAGCCGCCCUCAUUUCCAUACUGACAUGUCGGAAAGGGUUCCGGCUGAUAUGGCUCAGAAGAUCACUUCGGCCGUGGGAGAACUUAUUCUGGAGGAAACUGGGUUUGGGGUUCCUGAACCCGUGGAUGGUGGUGGGUGGUGGAGGUGUCUCUGUGAAAAGCUCACCUGUUCACCAGUUCUGGGACGGCCCUUCCUGGUCCCCAAGCGUGAAGCAGCAUCCGCGGGGAAGUGGCCUGUGAACUGCAGCAGGGAUUUGAUUAGAAACAGUAUUGUCUCUGGUUCUGCAUAAAACUGCAGAACAGCCAGCCCUUGGUGUUUUGUAUGUAAAUGACAACUUUACAUAUUUGUGCCCUUUUGAGAUUAAAAUGCCACGGUCAAAGAGGAAAGCAGUGAAGGGGAAGAAGACAAAGCCAAGAUACCAUCAAGUAGAAGUUGACAUGUUCAUCAUUUUACUCAUAACGCCCAUUUCAAAAAUUGAGUCCGGGUUUAGCAGAUUUUCUUGUUUCCUACGUUUUUAAAAUCCUUCUUCCCCCUCUCGAGCUUCUUGAAAAUGCGUGAUUUACCAUUUCUUUAAGCAAAGCUAAAUAGAAAUUGAAGUGUUAUUUUUAAAACAGAAACCUGUUGAAUAACGGGCCCCGAUCACCAGAAGGAGUGCUCGACGGAAAAGUAAGCAAGCACAGGUCUCAGACCGUGGAAGCUUUCUGAAGCACAGAGCUUUGUGUUUCCCGAGCUGCUGCAGAGAUAUUCGUAAAAAGUGUGCCACUGUCCUAAAGCCUCUGAUUAAACUAGUUGAUAAAUACAUGGGAUUUAGUGAGCCGGCAGAAGCCUUUGGAUCCACCAGGCCACGUCGUGUCUGGAAGCACAUCGUGUACACGAUUAAGCAGUGGCCACCUCAGGUGGCCAGGAGAAAGGAACCCCCUUUGGCAAAAGCUGUAGUGAAAGGCUGAGUUUUUGCUUGAGAUACUUAGGUCCCUUUUUCAUAGCUUAGAAGCUACACUUUUAUUUUAAAUUUGAGCCAUUUUUGGCACUACCUAAAAGAAAAAAAAACCCCACAUUGUUAAAACAUUUGGGGGAGGGAGGGGAAUUGCUUUAUAAAUUCACAAAAAGGAGACACUAAAAUCUUUGGGAUUUUCAAUCCCAAGAAAUAAACAUCCCAGAGUCAGACCCCACUUGGCCGUUCAGUUUGUACAUGUUGGUAUGACCAAAUGUCGUUUAGGAAAUCAGGAGUUAAAAGAGGAAACAUGCGAACAUGUAACAGUGGUUCUAAUUGCUCUUACUGGCUUUAACUUAAGGAAUAUAGGGAUGUGGCUAUUUUAUCUACAGCUAUCAGAUUAUCAGUGGCCCUGUUAAUUAACAUCAGGGACUAGAGAGAGUACAGAAAUGCUCGUACAUUUUGUGUCAAGGGCUUGUCCUUGUAUUUGUGAUGUCGUUUAAGUAUCUUCUGCAGAUCACUUUACUUCCCCCCCUUUCCCAGUAAUAGGUUUAUAUUCUUGUAACGUUCACUUUGGUCAAGGUGGUAAACGUUCACUUUGGUAAGAACCAGAAUGUAAGCUUCUUGCAAGCAGCAAAGUGGUUGCUGCAAACUGCCUGUCGCUUCCAACUCGAGGGUAGAGAAGAGGCUUGAAUACCUCGGGUUGGUCUCUCCGUGUACAAAAUACACGUAUUGCCCCUGCUGGAAAAAACAAGGGAUACCCGAGAAGGUUCUCAUUUUGUUACGCUUGGCUUAUGGAUGAGGUCGAACUCUGUGAAGUUGCCGAUGCUCGACCAUUGCUAAGCUACCAGAAUGUCUGUGUCCUAAACGCCAACCUAAUGCUUACUAUGAAAUGCAGGUUAAAAUCCCGAGGAGGCAAAGGGAGAAUAUUUUUUUGAAGAACCACACAUUUUGAGAGUUUUUUUUUUCCAACCUGUGUGGAUCUACAUGUUUUAAACAGGAAAGAAUAUCUUAAUGGAUGCAGCUUGUUGAGAGCGUAAACCAUUUUGAGCACAAACUAUGCAGCACACGACUUUCCAAAUUAAGUGUGUUUGCAUAGAAAAGAUGAAAAUGCAUUCUCUCAGCUGCUGUCGUGUCCAUUUCUUGUAAAGGUCUUACUGCAUUUGAGAAUAGACCCCUUAACAUAGGCUGCCUUAGUAACAAAACAAAGCAAAACAGUUGUCUCAUAAUAUUAACCGUCCUAAAGAAUGUGCGUCUUUCUUGCAAAUGCCGUGGAACUGAAUAUUUAUUUCCUUGUGAGUAUUAUGACCGUUACCAAAGGACUCCACCAGAUUUAGGGCUCUUCUUCAUUGAUCAUGUUGAGAAAGGGACUCGUUUGGCCCCCGUUUGUAACAUGGGAAGAGUAGAGAAGAGAGAAUUAAAUGUGGAAAUCAUCAGUGCUUUUCCAACAGGGUGAUGCUAUUUUGUAACACUAAAUGUCUUCUUCUUUCUCUUAAAAAAAAAUUAAGUUUUUAUUAUUAAUUUUGUCGUACAUUUCUCAAUAUAUUUGAAUAUAUUUUAACCAUUUUAUGUUCUGAAUUUGUUUUUUUGUCCUAGACAUUUUAUCCAGACUUUUACUGGCCUCUAUAAUCUGAAAAAUGGGUUCUAGAGUGUCCCACUUGUUGUCUCUUAGAGGCUGAGGCUUCGUUUCUAUGAGCAAAAAGCUCAGUUAGCAAUGUAGUUAUUUCGGUAUUUAUUUCUAUUAUGGAAUCCCUGGGGUUCGGAAUGUAACUUUGUACAUGAAAUAUAUAUAAAUAUGUAUAUGAAACA